AACGUCACAUACGACGUCACGUCAAACCAUACGAAACGAAAAAUCGAUUGGUCCUCCUAAUUUUGUAAAAGUAUCGUUAAAAUAUUUGACUAGCUAACCAGUAAUUGCAAUUAACGAUCAUGCAGAAGUGUAACGAUGACAAUAUACCUUUAGCAGACGAUGACCCACAGGUGAUAAUCAAUGACGAAAUAGAAAAUCACCAUUUAGAUCAUGGUCGUUCAAUGGACUCAUUGCCUAGCUCGUAUACUGGUGGUUCCUCGAGCCCUGGCCUCAAUGGGCCGCCUAGUUUCGAGCCGGACUCCGGAAUUGAUGAGCAGGAAGAGAAGGCAAGGUUGAUAUCACAGGUUUUGGAGCUGCAGAAUACUUUAGAUGAUCUGUCACAAAGAGUAGACUCAGUAAAGGAAGAAAAUUUGAAGCUCCGUUCAGAAAACCAAGUCUUGGGCCAGUAUAUUGAGAACUUAAUGUCUGCAUCAUCAGUUUUCCAGUCAACUACACCAAACAUUGUCAAGAAGUAAAAUAACAACAAACACU